CUGCCGCCUCCGCUGGCGCUCUCUGCUCCUGCCCGUUCCAGACGGCUGCGUCUUCCCUCUCGUGCAGUGCCAGCCGCAUCCCCGGGACACGAUGGUGAAGGUCGGAGUGAACGGAUUUGGCCGUAUUGGGCGCCUGGUCACCAGGGCUGCUUUUAACUCUGGCAAGGUGGAUGUUGUCGCCAUCAAUGACCCCUUCAUUGACCUCAACUACAUGGUCUACAUGUUCCAGUAUGAUUCCACCCAUGGCAAGUUCCAUGGCACUGUCAAGGCAGAGAACGGGAAGCUUGUCAUCAAUGGGAAAGCCAUCACCAUCUUCCAGGAGCGAGAUCCCGCCAACAUCAAAUGGGGUGAUGCUGGUGCUGAGUAUGUCGUGGAGUCCACUGGUGUCUUCACGACCUUGGAGAAGGCUGGGGCUCACUUGAAGGGCGGAGCCAAAAGGGUCAUCAUCUCUGCGCCCUCUGCUGACGCCCCCAUGUUUGUGAUGGGUGUGAAUCACGAGAGCUAUGAGAACACCCACACGAUCGUCAGCAAUGCCUCCUGCACCACCAACUGUUUAGCCCCCCUGGCCAAGGUUAUCCAUGACAACUUUGGCAUCGUGGAGGGACUCAUGACCACAGUCCACGCCGUCACUGCCACCCAGAAGACGGUGGAUGGCCCCUCCGGGAAACUGUGGCGUGACGGCCGUGGGGCUCUCCAGAACAUCAUCCCUGCCUCUACUGGCGCUGCCAAGGCCGUGGGCAAGGUCAUCCCUCAGCUGAAUGGGAAGCUCACUGGCAUGGCCUUCCGUGUCCCCACUGCCAACGUGUCAGUUGUGGAUCUCACCUGCCGUCUGGAGAAGGCUGCCAAAUAUGAAGACAUCAAGAGGGUGGUGAAGAAGGCAUCGGAGGGCCCCCUGAAGGGCAUCCUGGGCUACACUGAGGAUCAGGUUGUCUCCACCGACUUCAACAGUGACGCACACUCUUCCACCUUCGAUGCUGGGGCUGGCAUUGCUCUCAAUGACCACUUUGUCAAGCUCAUUUCCUGGUAUGACAAUGAAUAUGGCUACAGCAACAGGGUGGUGGACCUUAUGGUCCACAUGGCCUCCAAGGAGUAAGAGCCCCCAGGACCACCAGCCCCAGCGAGAACACAAGAGGAAAAGAGAGGACCUCAGCUGCUGGGGAGUCCCUGUCCCAACUCAGUCCCCCAACACACUGAGAAUAUCCCCUCCUUGGCAGUUUCCAUCCCAGACCCCCUAAAGAAGGGGAGGGGCCUAGGGAGCCCUACCUUGUCAUGUACCAUCAAUAAAAGUCCCUUGUACACAGCCAA